AUGGAGCCCUUCUUUAGGAAGAGGCUGGCCUUCUUGUCCUUCCUAUGGGACAAGAUCUGGCCAGCGGAGAUGCCAGACAAUUGUGUGGCCCAGGCCUGGGACACGGAGCCUGGCCAGUUGGAGGAAGCUGAGCCCGUGGGUGCCAAGCUCCAGGGGCAGCUCUUCAGGGCACUGUGUGACUUCACUGCCCGCUGCGUGGAUGAGCUGAGUGUCAGCCGUGGGGAGCUGCUCUUUGCCCUCCAUGAGGACGGAGACUACCUGCUGGCCCGCCGGCUGUCGGGGCCACCCAGCACAGGGCUGGUACCUCUCACCUACGUCACCAAGGCCACACCGGACGACGUGCUGUCAGGCCAGCCCUGGUUCUUCAGCGGCAUCAACAGGAUGGAGGCCCAGCAGCUGCUCCUGUUGCCCGACAACGCACCAGGGGCAUUCCUGGUCCGGCCCAGUGAGAGCAGUGUCGGGGACUACUCCCUGUCAGUCCGGACCCAGACCAGGGUCUGCCAUUAUCGCAUUUCCACGGCGGCCCAGGGCGGCCUCUACCUGCAGAAGGGCCGGCUCUUCCCCGGCCUGGAGGAGUUGCUUGGCUUCUACAGAGCCAACGGGAAGCUGAUCGAGCACCCGCUGCUGCAGCCCUGUGUGCCCCAGAAGCCCCCGGAGCAGGACGAGUGGGAGCGGCCGCGCUCGGAGUUCGCGCUGCGGAGGAAGCUGGGCCAGGGCUACUUCGGGGAGGUGUGGGAAGGCCUGUGGCUGGGCUCAGCGCCGGUGGCCAUCAAGAUCAUCACGUCAGCCCACAUGAAGCUCGCAGACCUGGCCAAGGAGAUCCACACGCUCAAGAGCCUGCGGCACGAGCGGCUCAUCCGGCUGCACGCCGUGUGCUCCGCGGGCGAGCCCGUGUACAUCGUCACCGAGCUCAUGCGCAAGGGCAACCUGCAGGCCUACCUGGGCGGUCCUGAGGGCAAGGCCCUGAGCCUGGCCCACCUGCUGAGCUUUGCCCGCCAGGUGGCGGAGGGCAUGGGCUACCUGGAGGAGCAGCGCGUGGUGCACAGGGACCUGGCCGCCAGGAACGUGCUUGUGGGUGAAGACCAGGCCUGCAAGGUGGCCGACUUUGGCCUGGCCCGGUUGCUCAAGGACGACAUCUACUCGCCCAGCAGCGGCACCAAGAUCCCCGUCAAGUGGACGGCGCCCGAGGCGGCCAACUACCGCAUCUACUCCCAGAAGUCGGACGUCUGGUCCUUCGGAGUCCUGCUCUUUGAGGUCUUCACCUAUGGCCAGUGUCCCUACGAAGGAAUGACCAACCAUGAGACACUGCAGCAGAUCUCGAGGGGGUACCGGCUGCCUCGGCCCGCAGCCUGCCCUGCGGAGGUGUACACACUCAUGCUGGAGUGCUGGAGGGGCAACCCUGAGGAGAGGCCCACCUUCGCCACGCUGCAGGAGAAGCUGGGCGCCAGCUACAGACGCCUCCACCCGGCCCUCACGUGA